CAGCGGGUGCUUCGGGGCAGAUGGUUGUUCUCCCGCACCUGUACCGCCGUUGAUCGCGAUAGUCUCCUAGCCUUCGGGGAAGGGAAGCGUCACCGGCGUCCGUCGUCCAUGGCGGAGUCAUCAAGGCAAGCGGCCGAGAAGGUGGAGAAGUGGAUGGCGUUCCCGUCUGGCUCCGACGCCGCCGGCAGCGGCUUCGCGUUCCCGCAGCCACGGUCAGUGUCGGGCGGGGGCAAGGAGAUCGUGGAGGAGGAGGCGUCGUCCUCCACGGUCGGCGCCGGCAGUGCCGGCAACAGGCAGGCCUCGUUCCAGCGCGGCCGCGACAGCGGCGUGGGCAGCACCAAGUCGUCGCGUGGGUCGGGGGACUCGCUGCCACGGGUGUCGCGGGAGCUCAAGGACGCCCUGUCCAGCCUGCAGCAGACGUUCGUGGUCUCCGACGCCACCCGCCCGGACUGCCCCAUCAUCUACGCCAGCGCCGGCUUCUACACCAUGACCGGCUACGCCCCCAAGGAGGUCGUUGGCCGCAACUGCCGCUUCCUGCAGGGCCCCGACACGGACAUGGGCGAGGUCGCCAAGAUCCGGGACGCCGUCAAGACCGGCCGCAGCUUCUGCGGCCGCUUGCUCAACUACCGCAAGGACGGCACGCCCUUCUGGAACAUGCUCACCGUCACCCCCAUCCGCGACGACCACGGCAAGGUCAUCAAGUUCAUCGGGCACCCAUACUCUGCUCUGCUCAGUUGGAUGCAAGUUGAGGUGAGCAAGUACACGGAGGGGCUCAGCGAAAGCGCAUGCGGCCAAACGAGAUGCCAGUCUCCCUCAUCCACUACGACGAAGGAGACGGCGAUGUCAUCGAUCACGGAGGUGGUGCAGACAGUGAAGCACCCGCGGGCUCGCUCCGAGGGUGAACAGGAGCCCGUGGAGCCUGCACCACUCACCACGGCGCCGCCGUUGGUGGCCCCUGCCACGCUGCUCUGGGACGUGAAGAAGGAGGACUCUGCGGCUGAGCCAGAAGUUGAGCCGCCGCCGCUCCUCCCUCAUGGGGUUCAAGAUGGGGAAGAGGAGCUCGGUAGGAAGCAGGAGGCCCUUCCAGCGCAGGUGGAGGCCCCGGCGCCACUGGAGUCAGCGACGGAGAAGGAGCGCAAGAACAGCUGGGAGCAAGAGGGAAGGGAGAGGGACAUCAGGCAGGGGAUCGAUCUAGCCACCACGCUAGAGCGCAUCGAGAAGAACUUCGUCAUCACGGAUCCCAGGCCCCUGACAACCCCAUUAUUUCUCCAAGGGCCAGAGACCGACAUGUCCACAGUCGAUAAGAUCCGGGAGGCUAUCCGGGAACAGACUGAAAUCACUGUCCAGCUAAUCAACUACACCAAGAGUGGGAAGAAGUUCUGGAACUUGUUCCACCUGCAGCCAAUGCGAGACCAGAAGGGAGAGCUUCAGUACUUCAUUGGUGUUCAGUUGGAUGGAAGCGACCAUGUUGAACCCCUUAGGAAUCGUCUCUCUGAGAACGCUGAACUACAAAGUGCUAAAUUGGUCAAAGCUACGGCAGAGAAUGUGGAUGAAGCAGUCAGAGAGCUUCCUGAUCCCAACCUGAGACUAGAGGACCUAUGGGACAUUUACUCAAAAUAUGUUUCCCCAAAGCCUCAUAAACGUUACAACUCUUCUUGGAUUGUGAUAGAAAAGAUUACAAAAUCUGGGGAGAAGAUUGGCUUGAAGCACUUCAAGCCUAUAAAACCUUUGGGUUGUGGUGAUACUGGCAGUGUACAUUUGGUGGAGUUGCAAGGCAGUGGUGAAUUAUUUGCAAUGAAGGCAAUGGACAAAUCAGUGAUGUUGAACCGCAACAAGGAGGUCAUCACAGGUGCACCACAUACAAGUGCCAUUGAUUGGUGGGCUCUUGGAAUUCUCUUGUAUGAAAUGUUGUAUGGACGUACACCUUUUCGAGGAAAGAACAGGAAAAGGACAUUUCAUAAUAUCCUGCACAAAGAUCUUACAUUUCCAAGUAGCAUUCCGGUUAGUCUUGCGGCUAAGCAAUUAAUCCAUGGAUUGCUUCAGAGAGAUCCCUCUUCUCGACUUGGUUCAAGUGCCGGUGCAAACGAUAUCAAGCAACAUCCCUUUUUUAAAGAUACAUACUGGCCACUCAUCCGUUGCAUGGAGCCCCCAGAGCUUGAUGUUCCACUGAAACUAACUCGGAAGGAACCUGAACUAACAGUGAAGCCUGAGGAGGAUACUCAUGCUCAGAUUGUUGACACAUUUUAA